AUGAAUCUCCCUGGAACGAUUGGAGGGGUACCCAGUAGGGUUACCGGCCGAUGGAGAUGCUUACCGACUUUGCGGAAGCUAUUUGUGUGCUCUUCUCUCCUCAUCCUCCUCGUGCUUCAGAUCGUAGGCGCCGUUCAUAUGAGAGGCUCUCCGGGGCUAGAGCUUCUCAUUGCGGCUCUUACACCAGGGCUGACGCUACUCUGCCUGCUGCAAUGGCUUGCAGGCCGUCAUAGGCUCAAGUGGUGCGUGGCGCUGGAGCAGAUGGCCCUUGGUGCUGUCUUCAGCGUGUUGCUAGCAGUGGGACUGGAAUUAGUUUCGGCGUUAGCAUUCGGCAGAGAGCUCCGUAGCUGCACGCCACCUCCCAGCAAGAGAGCCCCCUUUGCUGCUGCCGGCACUGCAGGCUUCGACUCCGCAGCGCUACUUCCAGCGAGGCAGGUUCAGGAGGUGUUACACCGUCAGCCUUUGGAGGAGAAUGCAGCUUUGCAAGCUCCAAGACUGCCCGAAGAGGCCCAUGUGAACAGCCUGUACAGCGCCUUGUUGAGGAGCGUCUUUGAAAUGGAAAGCAUGGAAUGCGGUAUCAGCAGCCACGGGGUGUCAAGACACCUCAUUUCGUAUAUUUUUGGGGUGAUUCCGAGCGCGAGGAACAUAUCGACGGCCAAGAGCGUUCUGAAAGGCGAUGCGCAGUCAGAGGGAACGCUUUUUCUAUGUGUUGCCUUCGUCUUCCUCUACAUGGUUCUGUGCAUCGGCUUUGCGGAGGAGUUUUCAAAAGCUGCGACAGUGCUGAUGCUGCGCCCCUCCCGAAUGCCUGCGACUGAAGACUGGGGGUCCGCUUGGACUCCCCAAGGGGCAGUGCCUCCUGAGUCUUCGGGUUUCAUGAGUGCCCUGCAUGCUCGAGCGGAGAAAGAGAGGAGUUCUGGCUAUAACUACGUGCACCACCCCCUUUCGAUGGUUGUUGGCGGUUGCUGCGCUGCUCUGGGGUUCGCAACGAUCGAAAACCUGAGUUACGUAUUUGCGACAAAAUCUGAUCUGGAUAUGGCGAUGGCCACAGCAUGGGUUCGAGCCUUUACGGCCAUCCCCUCCCACGCAGCGAAUACGGGCAUCGCAGCCUGCUUCCUUGCUGCUGCCGCUGCGAAUGCUGCUGCCACAGCAAGAGCGCCAUGGAGGACUGCCUCUGCUCCAGCAGAACACGGCGAGGUGGAGUAUUUAGAGGGUCACGGUGUACAGACAGUGGGGGAGGCGCACGCAGUGCACGUCUCGACGGGUAGCGGCAGCAGCAAUGAGGGCAGAAGUACGCCCAUAGAAGAUCUGUGGACUGUUGACAAGAUUAACCCUUUCACGUUCCGUCUGCUGCUCCAAAGCGCCCUUCUCCCUGGCAUCCUCCAUGGUAGUUACGAUGCGGCUCUAACCCUCGCCUCCGCUGCGUACAGCUCAGCGGGAGUAGAAAACAGCGCUCUGAUUGCCUCGGGAUGGCUCAUGCUGGCUCUGGCCUCUUGGUGGGCCUCAAUCAUCAUGUUUUGCGGACGCUGGUGGAGCACCAAGAAGCUAGAAACCUUUCACGUAUACUUCGCACGAUCCUCUGGCUACUGGGGAUCCUUGGGGCGACAUCUGCAACAUACGCCCUCCUCCGUGGUGGUGCCUGCAUUCCAGCCUCACUUCUUGGAGUCUCAGCAGCAGCAGCUGCUGCAGCAACAGCUGCUUCAACAGCAAUUUGCACCCAUACCAACGGACAUGGCUGCUUGGCAGCUACAGCUGCAGCUGCAGCGCUGGCAGCAGCAGCAGCAGCAGCAGCUCUGCGCCCCCAUGUACCGGCAGUACGCCCCCAUUCAGGCCCCUUCGCUGCAAUACCAGCAGCAGGGAGACAGCAGCAAUUAG